AUGCUUGACACUAGAUUGUGCUUCAAAAAGCACAUAGAAUACUGCAGUAGCAAGGCAGCUGCGUCGGCCCGGUCCCUAGCCCGUACAUUGCUGAAUACGCGUGGCCCGAAGCAAGGACGGCGCCUUCUACUGUCGAGCGUCGUAAAAUCCACUGCCCUGUACGCAGUUCCUUCGUGGAUUAAAGGUGUAGAGGUUAAGAGCUACAGGAGGAGCCUCGAGUCGACUCAUCGUCUGAGUGCGAUUAAAGUGUGUAGCGCUUUCCGCACCAUUUUCGAUGACGCCGCUCUGGUGAUCGCUGGAAUGAUGCCCAUCGAUGAAUGUGCGGCAAUUGCGUCGGCCACGGUUAUAGCAUCAAGGCAAUCAAGUGGCAGUACCAUGACCCAACCAAGAGGACUGGACAUGGCAUGGCAGCACUUCAUGCGCAGAUGGCAAGAGAGGUGGGACUCCUCACCCAAGGGAAGGUUGACUAUUACCUCACUUCACCACGAUGUCUCCGACGAGUGCACAUGGUGCGGCGCUGGCAACAUAGAAGAUGAAAGCCAUGUGCUGCAACACUGCCCAAGAUUCGACGGGGUUGGAAAGGGUCAUGGGCGUGCCGGUGACGCAAACUCCAACGUGUGGCAGGCGACCGCCGCCUUCAACGCACACGUGAUGAAAAAGCUGAGGCAGUUGCAGAGUGAAAGUUCGGCGAAUUAA